CUUUCCAAUGUAAUUGUUGUUUGCCGUCCAUUACUCAGCCUCAUGCCGUCCCCUCCUCCUCCUUGCCAUUCUUCUAUGGAUUUCGUCUGUCAACAUCGUUCUGUAUAGUCUUACCAGCGCCGCUUUGAUCUACGCUGCCAUUACUAUAACGCCUGCUGACGGUGCGCAAUAAAACACGAUCAUGGCUGGAGCAGAGCCCCCAAUAUCUUCAAUCAAAGCCCGCAUAUCUGCUCUCAAUCUCGAACAAGUCGGUGCUGUGCCAGGAGCACCUCCUCCAUAUACCUUCGACGCUGUUAAUGCUCCGAGAAAAGCGCGACCUCCUCCUCCACCGCCGCCCAGCCAACGCCCUUCAGCGCAUCGUAACCAGAGCACGAAUAAUCCUCCACUACAAAGCAAUGGCUCCGCGACAGAUCGAAAUUAUGGUAAUGAACCGGCGCAGCAGAUUGACACGAGUCUCGGACCCGUCAGGAAUGCUCCUCCUCGACCUCCACCUCGACCUGCACUGCCUCCAAGGCCUUCACAAGAUUCUGUAAAGCCGUCAACACCUGCACUGCCACCAAGGAGGCCUUCAGAGCAGAGUAUUGUCAGUAAAAAAACGUCAAUGGACUCAAUAUCAUCGGCAACAUCUGUGAAGACAACGGGUUCGGCCCUCUCGUCCCGCACAAGUUUCAGUAACACGAGUGGCGCUGCAGGAAGGGAUGAAGUGUACAAGGUCAAAGCGCCGGCCUUUGACCCUUCAAAGUUGCCUGCACUACCACCCAAGAGAGAAAAGACAAACGAAAGUCUAAGGAAUGGGAGACCAGCUCUGCGAUCUGGCAGGCCCACGUCUGCGGCCCCUAUGGUGAAUAGGAUUAUUUCUCCACCACCCGUAGCACCAGAUAGAUCAGUGAAGGCUCCUCUGCCUGAGCAAAAAAUGGAGCUACCAGAUUGUGAGACUCCUCCGAUACUGCCUACAAGACCUGCACUUCCUACGCGACCAAAUACUGCGCAGCGAGAAACACCGCAAUCGACCAUGCCGAAACGAUCAGCUUUAACCUUUGGCAUGAAUCGAACGACGGAAUCCGCUCCAUUUAUACCAGCCGGGCGUCCCAACGAUCACCAGGGCGCUACCCAAGACCACGAGCACGGAACCCCGCCUCCCGUACCAAUGUCCUCACGUCCUGAUCUACAUCGCAUGGCUCGCUCAUCAACUCUGCUCUCCCUUCCCCUCCUGACCGACAAAGCACGUGUCAUUUUCACAUGGCUACACCACAAUAUUGCUUACGAUGCCGACGCAUUCUUUAACAACACUGUCAGGACUAAGACUCCCGAGGAAACCAUGGCCAAAGGCGCAGCCGUAUGUGCUGGCUACGCUGGCCUCUUUACUGCCAUUGCCUCCCACGCCGGCCUCGAAAGCGUCGUAAUCAGUGGCUACGGCAAAGGCUACAGCCACAAGGCCCUCCAGCCCGGACAGGCGAUCCCGCCAUACAAGUCGAACCACGCCUGGAACGCCGUCAAGCUCGAGCAUGGCGAGUGGAAGUUGCUCGACAGCACGUGGGGCGCCGGCGUACUGAGCAACAAGUUAUACAAGAAGAUCUUCAACGAGGACAUGUUCACCAUGGACAACAUCGAGUUCGGCACCCGCCAUUUCCCUACAGAUGACUCGCAGUGGUACCGCAACGACGGCCGCACGAUGACAUGGGACGAGUACAUGCUCGACGAUGUCGGCGAGCGCGUCAAUGUGUAUGGCGCAGCUACCAAGGAGCACGGCCUGGGCGCGCGCACAUUCUACCCCGAGCAGCGCAGCAUCCGCGUACACUCUCCUACCGAACCGCCAGUUCUGCGCUUUCAGUUCGCGUACAAGUGCAGCCAUUGGGAUAACGCACGGAACGGCGAAGGCCCGCCAUACGUCAUGACCUUGAAGGUGGAGGGGAGAGAUGGGAGGAAUGGGGACUAUUUGCCGUUUGAGACGGACGGGCGGAUGUGGUGGGUGGAUGUCAGACGAGAGGAUCUUGGGGCGCCUGGACAGACGAUCUCGGUGUUUGCGGUGACGAGGCUGGAUAGGAAGGAUGGGAGGGGUGUGUCGGUGAAGGAGUACAAGAGUAAGAAGGGCAAGACGAGCAUGAGUUUUGGGGGCGUGUGUCAGUGGAAUCUGGUGUGA